AUGGCUUCUUCGACAUCGCUGGCUUGUCUGUUGGCUCUUGCUCUGCUGGUUUCCAUGGUUGCAGGCCAAGAGCUGAGUCACUGCACCGAGGACAGGAACGUUGUCUACUACAGCGGAGAGAUCGACUUCUCCACCCCAUACGCCACCAAUCAAAAUCGCCUCCUCGACAUCCUCAAAGACACGCGCAGCGACUCUUUCAUCUACACCAGCGUUGGAGACGCUCCAUACAUCGCUUACGGUCGUGCAGAGUGCUAUGGCAACUGCGGUAACUGUCUCGUUGAGGCCAGAAACACCAUAAAAAACGCCGUUCCUCAGGCUGUGGGUGCUCGCCUCUGCACUGAUGAUUGCUACUUGCGUUUCGAGAACUACAGCUUCUAG